AUGGAGUUGCACGUUCCCGCCAAGGCUAUUCCAUACAACGUUCUUGCAGUUAUUGCAUCCACCAACAAGCUCAAGGAGACUGUCAAGUUGAUUCCUUCGCGCGAUGUCACCGAAGCAACACUCAAGGUGAAUGCAGCAGCCACUUUGACGGGUGCCGCAUCCAUUGCGCGUUUCUUUAUCCGCUAUGCACAACUUUUGGACGAGCAGCGCCCAGAGUCUCAAAAGGAAGCUCGUCUUGUCGAUUUGCUUGUUAGCAGCCCUGAAGCAGCUCUUCAACUUGUCAAGGAGCCUCGUCAAACCAAGUACCUUUUGAGUAACGAGCCUGGUCUUGUUGAUUUUCUCGCAUGGGGUGCUCUUCACGGUGAAUCCUCUCCUGAUGCUAGCUAUGCUGCUCAAUUGCAAGUGGUCAAGGAUGCUUUGUUGCUUUCUGAAGAAUGCCAAGCUGCAGCUGCUCCUGCCAGUGUCGACACGAUCCCUAGCAUUGAAGGCAGUGCUCCUGAAACCAACCCUAUGGAUGUCUUUAAGAAUUUGAUCGCCAGCCAAUUGAACCAAAUCUCUGGUGUGGAUGCAAAGUUGAUCUAUGAAUCGCUUGAUUUGCCCCGUUCUCUCGAACACGGUGAUUUGGCUGUUGCUGUUCCUCGUUUGCGUGUCAAGGGUAAUCCCGCUCAAUUCGCUCAACAAUGGGCCGCUGCUUUCCGACCCAACGAUCACAUCACUGCCGCCGUCGCUAUCGGUCCUUUCCUCAACUUCCGUAUCAACCCUGCCGUCAUGUUGAAACGCACCCUUGCUCUUGUCGCUGAUAUGAAGACUGAAUAUGGUAGCAACAAGCUCGGCAAUGGCAAGCGUAUCAUUGUUGAAUUCUCCUCCCCCAACAUCGCCAAGCCUUUCCAUGCUGGUCAUUUGCGAUCCACUAUCAUUGGUGCUUUUAUCUACAACGUGUACAAGGCUAAUGGUUGGGAUGCCAUCUCCAUGAACUAUCUCGGUGAUUGGGGCAAGCAAUAUGGUCUUUUGGCUGUGGGUUACAACCGCUAUGGUGAUGAAAACGCUCUUCAACAGGAUCCUAUCAAGCACUUGUACGACGUGUAUGUCAAGAUCAAUCGUGAUGCUGAAGAACAUCCCGAAAUUCACGAUGAGGCCCGUGCCUACUUUAAGCAAAUGGAGGAUGGUGAAGAGUCUGCUCUUGCUUUGUGGCGUCGCUUCCGUGAUUUGUCGAUUGUCAAGUACAGAGAGGUCUAUGAUCGUUUGAACAUUCACUUUGACGUCUACUCUGGUGAAUCUCAAGUGGGCGAUGGAAUGGCUCGUGCCAUGCAAAAGCUUGCUGAUGAUGGCCUUUUGGAGGAUAGCGAGGGUGCCAAGGUGAUCAACUUGGAAAAGUUCAAGCUUGGAAAGACCGUGGUUCAAAAGCGUGAUGGUACCACCUUGUACCUUACUCGUGAUAUUGGUGCCGCUUGGGAGCGUUAUGAAAGAUUCAAGUUUGACAAGAUGAUCUACGUCGUUGCAUCCCAGCAAGAUUUGCACUUGAAGCAGCUUUUCAAGACCCUCGAUUUGAUGAACUUUGAAUGGGCCAAAAAGUGUGAGCACAUCAACUUUGGUAUGGUGCAAGGCAUGUCCACUCGUAAGGGUACUGUUGUUUUCCUCGAGGACAUUCUCAAUGAUGCCCAAGACAUCAUGCACGAUGUGAUGCGUAAGAAUGAAGUCAAGUACAAGGAAGUUGAGGAGCCUGAACAAGUUGCUGAUGAGAUUGGUUUGUCGGCUGUCAAGAUCCAAGAUAACUCGGCUCGUCGUGUCAAGAACUACGAAUUCGAUCGUGCACGCAUGUUCAGCUUUGAAGGUGACACUGGUCCAUACAUCCAAUAUGCCCAUGCUCGUCUUGCCUCUGUUGAACGCAAGAGCGGCUUGCAAGUCAACCCCAACGCUAAGCUCGAGUUGCUCACUGAACCUGCUGCUCUUGAUGUUAUUCGCACCGUGGCUCAGUUCCCUGAUCUUGUUCGAUCCCUUCUUAAUGGCCUUGAACCCUGCAAUGUUGUCACUUAUGCAUUCAAGCUUUCUCACGAUAUCUCCGGAUGCUUUGAAUCCCUCUGGGUCCGUGGUGCUGAACCCGACGUCGCUGAAGCUCGUCUUUUCAUGUAUUGGGCUGCUCGUGUGACUCUUGGCAACGCUAUGCGUCUCUUGGGUCUUCGUCCUCUUGACAGAAUGUAA